AUGAGAGAACAACAACUUGAGAAGCUGCGGGGACUGGUGCGCGACUGCCUCAGCAAGCACUUGUACUCUUCCGCCAUCUUCUUUGCUGACAAGGUCGCUGCUUUGACUAAUGAUCCUGCCGACAUCUACAUGCAAGCCCAAGCCCUCUUCCUUGGCCGCCAUUUCCGCCGCGCUUUCCAUCUUCUCAACGCCUCCAAAAUCGUCCUCCGUGACCUCCGAUUCCGCUACCUCGCUGCCAAAUGUCUCGAGGAGCUGAAAGAGUGGGAUCAAUGUCUAUUGAUGCUUGGAGGUGCUAAGGUUGAUGAAGAUGGGAAUGUGUAUGACAUGAAGGAUCCGUCUGCCAUGUACUUGGAUAAAGAUGGGGAAGACCGUGAGAUUAAUAUAUCUUCAGCAAUAUGUUUUCUAAGAGGGAAGGCAUAUAAUGCCUUGGAAAAUCAUGCCCAGGCUCGGCUAUGGUACAAAGCAGCUGUGAAGGCUGAUCCUCUGUGCUAUGAGGCUCUUGAAUGUCUUUGUCAAAAUCACAUGCUGACUUGUGAAGAAGAAACAAGUCUUUUUUCAUCACUGGAAUUUGGUCCUGAAGAUGGGUGGCUUUCUUCGUUCUACUCUUGCUUGGGGAAAAAGUGCAACAAAGAAAGCAUUGUAGAAGACAAAUUCCAAGAACUUGAAAAAGAAUGCUGCAACAAUAAUCCUUCCAGUCCAUAUUUUAUGCGCACACUGAAAAAUGAUUCUGAUCUUUUGGCCUGCAAAGCUGAAUAUUAUCAUCAAUCUGGUGAAUUCCAGAAAUGCUUUGAACUAACAUCGUCAUUGCUUGAGAAAGACCCAUUCCAUUAUAAAAGCACCUUGGUCCAUUUGGCUGCUGCUGUGGAGCUUGGAAACUCAAACGAGCUUUAUGUCAUGUCAUGCAAUUUGGUGAAGGAUGACCCUCAAAGGGCUCUUUCAUGGUUUGCUGUUGGUUGCUACUACUAUUGUAUCAAGAAGUAUGAACAGUCGCGUAGGUAUUUCAGCAAAGCAACUAGCCUGGAUGGAAUCUUUGCACCUGCUUGGAUAGGCUACGGGAAUGCUUAUGCUGCUAAAAAUGAGGGAGAUCAUGCAAUGUCAGCUUACCGUACAGCAGCCCGUUUAUUUCCAGGGUGUCAUCUACCAACACUGUACAUUGGGAUGGAGUACAUGCGGACUCACAGCUAUAAGCUUGCUGAGCAGUUUCUAUUGCAGGCAAAGGAAAUAUGCCCUUCUGAUCCUUUAGUAUAUAAUGAACUUGGAGUUGUCGCUUAUAGCAUGAAGGAGUAUAACAAAGCUGUGUUUUGGUUUGAGAAGACUUUGACUCAUAUUCCAGCUUUGAGUCAACAGUGGGAGCCUACUGUUGUGAAUCUUGCCCACGCCUACAGAAAGCUCAAGAUGUACCCAGAUGCAACUUCAUAUUAUGAGAGAGCUCUUGCGUUAUCAACCACAAGUUUAAGUACUUAUUCAGGACUUGCAUACACCUACCAUCUCCAGGAUAAUUUCACAGCUGCAAUUACAUAUUAUCACAAGGCACUGUCGCUGAAACCAGACGAUCAAUUCUGUGCAGAAAUGUUGAGCUCGGCACUCGAGGAUGAAGCUCAUUAUGAUAUAGACCCCAAGUUCCGGUCCCGCCUGAAUGAGGUUUUUGUGUAA